AUGGAUGAGGAAAAUAAGACCAUGAUUACUGUGAUCCACCUCUUAGGGUUUCAGACUCCAAAGAAUGUAACAUUUUUAAUAUUUUUGUUAUUUCUUUCACUUUACUGUUUAACAAUUUGUGGAAACCUCCUAAUCAUCACAUUGGUGUCCUACAGCCAAUCCCUCCAUUCUCCCAUGUACUUCUUCCUCUCCCAGCUCGCUGUAUCGGAUAUUCUUUUAGCUACUGAUAUUCUUCCUAUCAUGCUCCAUGCUUUUUUGUUGGAAAAUACUACCCUCAUUUCCAUUUCUAAUUGUAUCACCCAGUUUUAUUUCUUUGCUGUCUCAGAAACCUCAGAGUGUCUUCUCCUGACAUUGAUGUCUUACGACAGAUAUUUGGCCAUCUGUAAACCAUUGCAUUAUACUAUGCUGAUGAACCACCAAUUUUGCUGGACAGCAGUUAUCACAAGUUGGAGUUUGAGUUUCCUAGCAGUAUUGACUUAUACUUUAGACAUAUCAAAAUUACAAUUUUGUGCUCUUAAUAUUAUUGAUCAUUUUUUCUGCGAUCUUGACCCAAUCUUACAACUCUCCUGCUCUAAUACCACCUUUGUACAACUAUUGGUAACAAUAUCAUCUGCACUUUUUGGUUUUGUCCCCUUUUUUGUCAUCAUCAUAUCAUAUGUUUAUAUUAUAGUUACUAUUUUUGAAAUUCCAUCUAUUAAAGGUAGACAGAAAGUUUUCUCAACAUGCAGCUCCCAUCUGACUGUUGUUUCUAUUUUUUAUGGUACCUUACUUUUUGUGUAUUUGAUACCGAAGAGAGGACAGUCAUGGAACAUCACUAAAUUUGUGUCAUUGCUGUACACUGUGGUCACUCCUAUGCUGAAUCCAAUCAUAUACACUCUGAGGAAUAAAGACCUUAAACAAGUUAUUGAAAAAAUUAUCAACAAUAUUUUGAGGUUACAUUUCCGUAAUCAUCAAAAUAUGCAAAUGCCCUAA